GGCGCUGGCCUUCGGCGCGGCCGUGCUGGGCAACGGCGCGGUGCUGCUGGCGCUGCGGCGCUCGGCGCGGCCGGCCUCGCGCAUGCACCUCUUCAUCCGGCACCUGAGCCUGGCCGACCUGGCCGUGGCCUUCUUCCAGGUGCUGCCGCAGCUGUGCUGGGACGUGACGUACCGCUUCCGCGGCCCCGACGGGCUGUGCCGCGUGGUGAAGCACCUGCAGGUCUUCGGCAUGUUCGCCUCGGCCUACGUGCUGGUGGCCAUGACGGCCGACCGCUACCUGGCCGUGUGCCACCCCCUGCGCACGCUGCGCCAGCCGGCCCGGCGCUCGCGGGGCAUGGUGGCGGCGGCCUGGGCGCUCAGCUUCGUGCUCAGCACGCCGCAGUACUUCAUCUUCUCGCUCAGCGAGGUGCGCAGCGGGGUCUACGACUGCUGGGCGCACUUCGUCACGCCCUGGGGGUCCCGCGCCUACGUCACGUGGAUCACAGGCGGCAUCUUCGUGGCCCCCGUGCUGGUCCUGGCCACCUGCUACGGCUUCAUCUGCUCCCGCAUCUGGAGCAACGUGCGGGGCAAGACGCGGCCGCCGGGGCCCGGGGCGAGGGCGGGCGCGGGGGUGGGCUUCCCCUGCGUCAGCAGCGUCAAGAGCAUCUCGCGGGCCAAGAUCCGCACGGUGAAGAUGACCUUCGUCAUCGUGUCGGCCUACGUGGUGUGCUGGGCGCCCUUCUUCACCAUCCAGAUGUGGUCCGUCUGGGACCAGCACUUCGAGUGGGUCGAUUCUGAAAACACCGCAGUUACAGUAACUGCUUUGUUGGCCAGCCUGAAUAGUUGUUGCAAUCCAUGGAUCUACAUGUUCUUUAGCGGUCACCUCCUGCAAGACUGUAUGCAAGGCUUCCCUUGCUGUCGAAAAAUAAAGCACCCACUCAAUAAAGAAGAUUCUAACAGCACCAGAGGAAGACAGACUUCUUUUACCAACAACAGAAGCCCAACCCAGAGUUUGGACACUUUGAAGGAUUCACUCAACUUAAAAUCCACCAGAACAACUUCCAUUCCAACUUGAGCCAUUGACCACAGAACAGAAAAGUAUCAGCACUUGUGACUAUUGCAGCCCUUAUGACUCUUAAACAGCAUAGCACUUUAAACUGGUCAAAGGCACUAAUACUGUUAACAAGGAGCUCUAAAGGUAACCAUAAAAAUGAAAGGUAUUAUAUUGCUAAAUAAACUCUCUUGCACUGCUGUAAA